AUGACACUGCUACAGUUUCAUCCUUGGGCCUCGGCAGUCGAGGCACCCUUCUGGCAGGUCCUCACUCAGCGCAAGAUGGACAUCUUCAAACUCGACGACUCCCCCAAACCUAUCCUCGGCUACUACUCCACAGGUCAGCAGGUCCGUGUCCCCGGCAAGGACACCUCCGUCGCUCUCCCCGCUCGACUCUGUCUCGGAACUGGGGCCUUCCCAGAUGAAAAUGGCUCUGACCAACACCCCCUGAACAAGACGCCAGCGUUUACAUUCCCCGCACCAGGUGUCGUAAAGAACACGAACACGGUUGAAGAUUUCAAAGCUAUUGACAGGCCCGCACUUUUCAAGAUGGUCGUCGACCAGAUUUGGGAUGAUAUUACAUCAGGAAAGGCGGUCCUGGAUCCAUCAACACUCAACCGCUUUCUCUUAGUCACCUUUGCCGACUUGAAAAAGUUCAAGUUCUUUUACUGGUUCGCCUUCCCUGCUCUCCAGGCAGACCCAGCAUGGUCCAUAGAAGCUAUCCAGGGGAUUGGCGCAGUUUGGUCACCACCCGCCAUCAACCAGCUUCGAGAGCAGGUCGAUCAAUACAAAAUGAAUUUUGGACCCGGUCAGUCAGGAUUCUUCCUUGUCAAGGAGGGUCAGGAAGGUUUUUCGGUGGCGCGCCUCCAGGACUGGGACGAAUUCUAUGCAGGCUAUGACGAGAGCCAGGUGAUUGUCGGAUUUGCGGAUCCUUCGUCGUUGGACAGUAACCCUGGGUGGCCAUUGCGCAACCUGUUGGCAUUGCUGCAAUACCGUUGGAAGGUGACCAAGGUCCGCGUGUUAUGUUUCCGUGAGGUUCUCGGCAAGCAAGAUAUCAGUGCCAGCAAAGUCUUUACCGCGCAGCUUCCGUCCUACGUUCCUGUGACAGUGUGUCCAAAGGCGGUGGGAUGGGAGAAGAACGCUCAGGGAAAACUUGGGCCUCGUCUCGCUGACCUGGCCCCCUUGAUGGACCCAGCGCGCUUGGCUGACACUGCAGUGGAUUUAAACUUGAAGCUGAUGCGCUGGAGACUGUUACCGGAUUUGCAGUUGGAGAAGGUGCAGAAUACUCGCUGCUUAUUGUUGGGAGCAGGAACAUUAGGAUGUUAUGUGGCGCGAUCCUUGUUGGGUUGGGGUGUCCGCAACAUCACGUUCGUCGACAAUGCCAAAGUCUCGUUCUCGAACCCUGUCCGCCAACCAUUAUUUGAAUUCGAGGACUGUCUCGAGGGUGGCAAAGCCAAAGCUGAGACUGCAGCCGCCAGUCUUCGCAAAGUUUACCCCGGCGUGAAUGCGAAUGGAUAUUCAAUGUCGAUUCCUAUGCCAGGUCACCCCAUCAGUCCACAAUUGGUAGAGAACGCACAGAAGGAUAUUGCCAGGUUGGAGGAGUUGUUUGAGCAGCACGACGCCAUCUUCUUGCUUAUGGACAGUCGCGAGAGUCGCUGGCUUCCUACUGUGCUCGGUGCCAGGAUGAAAAAGGUUGUAAUUAAUGCAGCUCUCGGAUUCGACACAUUCCUGGUCAUGAGACACGGAGUUGGUCAGGACCAGGAGCACCAUGCACCCAACGGAACCACGCCAUUGGGAUGCUACUUCUGUAACGACAUUGUUGCCCCCACCGACUCUCUUUCCGACCGAACUUUGGAUCAGCAGUGCACGGUGACGAGACCUGGUUUGUCAGCUAUUGCAAGUGCCAUGGCCGUGGAGAUGAUGGUGUCGCUCCUUCACCACCCUGAGGGCGUCCGCGCCCCGGCUGACAAGGCUGACGCAGAGGCUGAACAGGAUACUUUUGCGCAGCAAGGUUCCGCGUUGGGACUCUUGCCUCACCAGAUCCGUGGAUUCUUGUCUCGCUUCAAGAACAUGUUGAUCUCUGGUCAAGCCUACGAUCGAUGCACCGCCUGUUCGGAUCCUAUCCUUGCUGCGUAUGAGGAGGAGGGGUUCGGGUUCUUGUUCAAGGUCUUCCAGGAUGCAACGCACCUUGAGAAUGUCACUGGGCUAACCAAAAUGAAGGAAGAGAGUGAAGACCUUGACAUGGAGUGGGCCGACGACUCUGAAGACGAUAUAUAG